AUGAGCAUUCUGCGACCGGUAUCGAAGUUUGGAUACGCCGGGGCUCCUUGGUUCUAUGAUACUCGUAAUAGUUUCUUGAAAGAAACGGUCAGCCUCGCAGGUCCCGGUCCAAAGUUAGGGUUCCGAAAAAUUCCCGCGAUUUAUGACGACCCGAGUAUCCUACCGACUGCGCCAAUUAUGAACUGGUAUGUCUCAAAAUACAAACGAGGUCCUGAUAGAAAGAUUAAAGCUUUAUAUUUCCCAGAGCCGGCGAAGGAGGGAGCAGCUUAUCUGGCUGACACUAUUAAAGGACGAGCUGAAGCGAUGCAAGUAAUACACGACGGUUUGAAAAAAGAAAAAGACAAAGAGUUUUUGACAUUGGGCAAAUUCUCGAAAACACACGACCAAGUGGCUGACAUGAUUUCGAGUGCAACACAUUUUGGUGGGCAGGAUCCCUUCCCUGUUAUUGCGGACAAAGUUUCUUCCAAGAUUGAAUUACUGCCCUUGCAAUAUCCUGAUACAGCGAAGAAGUAUGCUAAAGAAACUACUAAAAUAACCACAGAUUACGUUGCCGGAGUUGCCACGAAAGAAUGUGGAUUGGACCCCAAGGCCCUAUUCGCUUUAGAUGGAAAAUCAGAAAACCCGUCAAAUACUCAAAGUAAACCGGCUGUGGGUGCUGAACAUGCGCCAGUAGCGCAGUCAAUAGCGCAUCCAAGAACGCCAUCAGCACCAUCAGCACCAUCAGAUUCGGAUAGAAUGCAGACAUCACAUCUAGAUGACGCCGAUGCUAGCAGACGAGGGGCUGAAGAUGAAGCGGCACGAUUAAAAAGAUUGGAGGCUCGGAAGCAGCAGGAUGACAGAGAACGCGAAGAAGCUUUGAAAAUACUGCAUGGACAGUUGCGCGCUCGGGGAGGGGAAAUGCUUUACAAGCAACCACAUACAGAACUUACCCACGCACAAGCUUCCGAAUGGUUAUCUAUGAAACCGCCAAUGAAGGUUGACAAAGCUGUAAAAGAAUCGGGUGACACUGCCCGACUGCACAAGAAGUUUGAAAGGAAACUUGGUGCUCUCGUUUGUAAAUGCACCCCCGAUGAUAUGUAUGACACAAUGCAAGGCUACAAAGCUCUCGUGCGGGAAGCUUUAAUAUCGGAGAUGCAAAAACGUGGAAACGAGAUUCUUAUCGAAGUGGAUCGUGCAGCAGAGACGCAUUUCUUUGCGGCGCAAAGAUUAAAGAAGACGACAUCACUAGAGGUCUCAGAGCCGUGUAUAGAAGUUGCAUAUUAUUUAACAAAAAAGUUGGAAGAAAUGAUCCGUUGUAGAUCCAUGGCUCGAAAAUUAACGUCCGCUAUGAAGGAUCACAUCAAAGAAGCAUCGGACUUUUUAUCGGCGCAUGUGACAAAGCCUGACGAGCAAAUCGAGGCUUAUGUCACACUUUUAAAUGAAAUGGAAUCGGCAGGAGAUAGUCUUUUAAUAGAGGGAAGUAUACCGAAAUCGUACAAAGAUUCCGCAGCUUACUUACGUCAGUUGACAUCGUUUGAUGAUCAAAUCAGACGACCAGAUACGGGUUUGCAAUCAACAACUGAAUCGAAACUGAGGAAUCUGAUGGCAAAUGUUGCUGCUACUGGUUUCGGAAAAGUCGUUGUUGAUGGUGUUAUAUCAGACUCGACGAAACUGCUAGUGUCAUAUAUAAUGCUACUAGUGGAGAAGACGGAAGCAUUGAAAGUGUUGAUAGAACAAAUGGACCUGCACGGCGGAAACGUCUUACUUAGGCAUGGGAAAAUACGCAAAACCUACGCAGAAGGGGCCGAUAUGUUACGUACUAAAAACGCUGAUCAGCUAACAGUUCCGAGCGCGGAUCCCGUGGUGGUUAGAAAAAUCCAAAUCAAACUGCGCAAUAUCAUGCACAGUUGUACCCCGGAAAAGUUUAUGAAUGUUAUGGACGAUGUCAUCGAAGAUGCGACGAUGUAUUUGGCAGUAUACUUCUUACAACCACACGUCAUACAAGUAUGCAAGUGUAUGAAGAACGUGUUCGUUCAAUGUGAACUGUGGUGCGAUGAGAUUCUGCGCCGAGUUGCUCGUCCGUGUUGUACCUGUUCAAGGCACAUAUCAACUCAAGCCCUGGCCGACCUGGCCCCCGGAAGGACUCUGCAUGCCACUCCUGGAACAUCGCGAGCAUAUGCGGACGGCCUCGAUAUUUCUAUACAUCCGUGUCCCACAAGAAUUAGUAGAGUCACCGGACCAGGACCGAAACCUGGACCUUGUAGAGCUCCUAAACCCAGUGAAGAAUGCAAUCAAACAACUACUGCUUCCUAUCUGUUUUAUUCCACCACACUUGCCAAUAGGCGGUCUCUCUACUACAGUCCUGAAAAACUAUCACCUGAAAGCAGUUCUUUGGAGACACCGUUACGUUUAUCAAGAAGCCGCGAAUCUAGAUCACCUCUUUCGACAAAUCGUUCUUUCGGUGGAAGAUUUGGUGGUAUAAUACCCUCGGAUAUCAAGCAAAGGUCGCCAAGUCCGAUACGAGAAACCGAUACGUCUUCGUCAUUCCAUACUCCACAAAGUGGACACACAAAUCCUACAGACGGAACCUCUCCACCAUUUUUGCAGUUUCCAACAGCUAUGUUUGCUGAGGUUCAUUCAUCAAACGCCCCUCAAACACCUGUUAGCACAAAGCCAUUGGGAAUACCAAGGAGAACGACGCAAGAGCAAAAGGGAUUUAGUUCAAAGGCACCCAUAGUUAUCACGGAUCAAAUGGGUGACUGGCACGCGAUGAUGGUCAGCCUUAUGUGGAACGUGCAAGCUUGGCGAGAUUGGAUCCAAGAGAAUUUUGAUCGAGCCUUGGCCUUCCAGAACCAGACAAUGGACUCGGCAGGACCGAGCCAAGUCGACGAGUCUUGGAAAGCAUUUCAGAGACGUGUGGCGACAGAAGCGUUACAAUGGCGACAGUACAAUAAAUUCAGUAGGCAAUUGACUCUUCGCCUAGCCUUGCGAUACAGAGAUAAGCAGAUUCUUUCACCAACCAGAGGUACAGUAAAAACAAACAUAUAUUUGAAGUGCCAGGAAGAGAUGCUGGAUAUUAUUGAGAUGUUCAACAAAUGGACCGUCUGGUUGACACUUGUGAUCAAAGAAACGGAUACUCUUCAACAGGAGACGGACACCGAUGCGACAUUGACACAAGUGCGAUGGGAUCAUUUCAAGAAGAAAAUAAAAGAGUACGCUGAAGACUGGAAGAAUUACAACACGCAUUUGAAAAUUUGCUGGGAGCAGAAACACAAGAAAACAAUUUCCGAAUGGUUACCCACUUGGAGUCAACCAGGACCGGUGUGGGUCGUAAGCGCCUGCGGGGCUGUGCCAAGUGGUGCCGUUGCGGCGGGAGUCUAUGAAGGAGAAGUCACUUGGGUCGCCCGGACUACGCACAAGUGCAAUGUUCUUCCUGCUGCGCUGCAUCCUUCGAAGCACUGCUGCAUUGUGUACGCUGACGGAGCUGUCCAUCACUAUACUAAGUAUCAGGUAAUGUGUAACGCAGAAGUAACAUGGCUAGCGUGGAGGGCAGGGGAGGUCGGGGCCCGCGCGAUCCGUAUUGCCCCAGGGAGUUCACGUCGGCAGGGUCCACUACCGUGGGUCACACCUCCUGGGCGCUGUACACGCCCCUAA